ACGUCGGACCGGGUGGGUGAGCGGGCGAGUGAGCGAGCGCGAGCGAGAGACGAAGGGAGAGUCACAGAAUCGCGGACGCUUCGAGGGUGGUCCAGCGCGCGCGGGAGUCGUCGUGCCUCCGAUCGGGAUUUGCGAGCGUGUCGUCGCGUCGCCGUCGUCGUUGUCGCCGUUGUUGUCGGAUGCGUGUCGUGGUGCCGUGCUCCGCUCGUUACGCUUUACGAGAGAGAGAUCGUUCCUUCGUGUCUCCGCUGGUGUACCACCGGGUCGGUCCGAGUCCUCGAAAGAGAGAGAGAGAGAGGGGGGGAGACGCGGGAGUUGGUGCACGCGUACGAUAGAGAAGUUUCGGGGAAGUUUCGACGUCGAGAGAAUCGGGCAAUUCGGGUGAGAAGUGCGCGAGUGUACAAAUCGGUGGACAGCUCGGUCGCUUUGAAUCCACUCCGCGAACCGGUCGCGACAGCAUCGCCCAACUCGCACCAUAGUGGUUAAUGGGUUUUUCUCUCCUCUCCAUCUCCGAAGUUGUAGCGCGUACAGCGGGUGGACGGGGAGAGAUCGCCGGGCAAAUACCAUCAACCGAGACUGAUCCAGACUUGGGUACCUAGAUUUACGAUCGGCGUCGCGACACGACCUUUGUGAGAAGCCAGCGAGAAAGUGUGUGAGCGCGAGUGCGAAACAGCUUAUCUGCGAGGCAGUCCUGCAUUUUUGUCGGCUGUGUCCGUUUUUUCGUUUCGAGCUGAAAGAAAGUGUGCAACGCGUGAAUCAGCUUUUUGUCCUGUUCAAGUAUGCCGUUUCGACUUGCGAAUUCCUCCGAAUUGAAUAUUUCAUUGUAAUUUGCUAUAGUGGUUUUCCAAAAUAUUCUGGAGUCUUGAGAUGAUUCCUAAAGACUACUAAUAGAUUAUUAUUAGAAUAUCCUUGAAUUGCAUAUCAAAUACAAUUAAACAUAACGGCCUUAUCGCGUGAAAGUGAACAUUCGUGUGAUGGUCCGAUGCAUGACGUUGACGAAUACGAUCGAGAUUAUUCGCGACGUUCUCGAGCCGAAUUGUGAAAAAGAAAGUCUGAUCCUCUGAGGAAGAUCUUGAUGGCGAGAUAGAGAUAGUCGUCGGACCUGGACAUCCCAGAUGGAGCUUUCGAUUCGCUCCGCGAAACCCGGAGACGUCAAGGAGAUGUCACCUUAGUGAACUCGUCGAGGGUAUCCUGGUUACGAUUGAACGAGCAGCACCGACGUAAUUCUGAUCCAUCGAGAUUGGGAGACGUGAGCUUCCGGCGCUCUCACGAGGAUGGACACCCUGGAGCUGCAAGCCGCCUUGGUAAAGCUCGAUCCGGCUACCACGGUGACGCCGAUCGGUACCACCGUGAAACUGGUACCUCAUCAUCGCGUCGCCUUCACUGUCAACAUCGAUGACGAGGGUGAUCUGACCCUGGAGGAUUCGGCGCCGAGCGAGGAGAAGUCGCCGGCCGAGACGGCAUCGCGGAAGACACCGGGUAAUUGCGCGGCCAGUUUGACGAGUCAUCAGAAUCAUCAUCAGAACAGCGGUGGCCAGCAGACGGGCGGCUCCAAGUGCGGCAUUGCCGAAGUCAGGUGACGCCAACCGCCCUGCUACGGCGUCAAUAUGAUCUAUCACACUUACCCGCCGCAUCGGGGCAGCAAACACCACGCGAAGCACCACGCCAA